UUGCUUGAAUUGAGGAUCUUUCGCUGCGCUGUUUGCCAAUCGUCGCCUCAUCCAUCACCACUCUGGAACUAACACAGAACAAGCUUCUACAGGAAAUCGAGGAGGCUAGUCUAUGUACCGGCACCAGAACAGCAGCUCGCUUCCAUUUAUCCUCUCACCCAUCCAAGACAAUACAAAAGCAAGCGCCAGCUAGCUAAGAGGUUGACAGAAGAGGCAACCAUGGAGGUUGGCAACAGCGAUACACAGAGGAGGAAUGAUCAGACUAAUAAUGAAGGGGGUGCCAUAGGUGUCGUCAAGAAGGAGGGAUUGUGUUCCGACUUUUCUGCCAGAUCGUCUCCAGAUGACCCUCCCGUUAGGAACGUGGCGACUACCAUCAACAUGAACGGAGAUGCUCCAAUCACAAAAAAGAGACACGAAGGUGCAAGCCAGAAGGAUCCAUCAAUUAUCAAUGGCCUGGAGCUACCAGCAGAGAAAACGAUGAGUGGUGAUGAGAAAUGGCAUCAUGAUGAAGAGGAAGUCCCUUCAGAAUCACAGAAUAGGGACCAUCCAGCCACAAACGUACUUGGAUCCGCGCACAAGGGCAGUGAGGAGAACGAUGGGACAAAGCCGGUACUAGCAAAAACUCUACAUCAGGAACAGCUGAACCUCCCAAGUGAUGCUUCAGAACCAUCGGAUUGUUCUAACGACAGCCAUAUUGCAGAGGUGGGAAAACCAACGCUUCUUGCAGAUCAAGCAACAAACGAAUUCAACGUUGUUGCAAAUCCUCUGGCCCAGCUGGACACUAUUCCGGAUGACGACUCUAUCACCAGUCAGAAUGAUGAUGAAGAGUCGGCCAUUCCCGAAGCACAUCCGGAUUCCCUCUAUCAUCUGGCACACACACUGGGAUCCAUACUGGAUGGAUGGAACGACACUAAAAGUGACAAACAAAAGGCAACCACCGAUAUGGAAGAAGCCAUACUUUUUGUUGGCGACGAAGAAGAAACAGAGGAUGCAAGAUGCCCUACUAGCUGCAAAGAAGUCACAGCUGCCGAUUGGAUUGCCAUUGUCACGGCCAUAUUGUUUGCCAUGCUCUUGGGAUUGGUCUACUUACGACCGGACCAGGACACGGUUGUCAUUGCAAGAAAUCGCUUUCAAAACAGAGGAGAGCACGGUGGCAACACCUUUUUGAGAUCGACUGCUCCAGGUCCCAGCCCUUCACCUAGUGCUACUAUCCAUGGGAGCAAUAGCAGUGAAAAGAACAAUACAGAGCCUGCCCUGACAAGCACAAUGCUCAAAAAAAGCAGCAAAGAAAGCAACAGCACACGAAACAGAAGGAACACUUUGAGUAAUGAUAGUGCUGCAAGGUCUUCGUGGUAUGUUCUGGAGGAGGACGAAUACAAACUUAUUUAGCUAACGAAUCGCGUACAUCUCAACGGAAACAUAUGCCAUGGAAGAGGACCAAGCGGAAACUACAUGUACAUGGAAGGGGUUCCUGCCUUAUAAUACAUUGCAUAGAGAAAAGAAAUUCUAAAUAGAUGGGUUCAGGAGCGAGGGCGGGGAAGGACAGGGAGUGUGGUGCAGGAGGGACGAUGGGAGCAUGGCCACGGGGGAGGGGGAAAGGAGAAAGAGAGGGGUGAAAUGAAG